GUUUUUCAUUUCGGUCUGUUUUUUAUGUUCGUCUGUUUUUCAUGUUCGUCUGUUUUCAUUUCCGCCUGUUUUCAUUUCCGCUCGUUUUUCAUUUCCGUCUGUUUUUUAUUAGUCUCAUUCUCGUCAUCUCUGUCUCGACGCGCCGGGCCGCUCCGUGGGGCGAUGAGGCUCCAAAACAGAAAACCAAGAAACAGCCGCGAACAACAGUCAUUGAAGUGGAAAAUCCUCUCAUGGCGAAGCGCCCCCUGGCCCUGGCUACUGGCGUGUUGCGGCAGGGUUCUUGCUGAUCGCGUGCCUGGUGCAGAUGUCUUCGCGGCAUACUACAUCAAGGUGGAUAACUUCCUGUAUUAACUCAUGGUGAAUCUUUAAUAACUGAAUCCUGUCAUAGACUUCCCUUCUCUAAUUUUGUCGUAACAUCAUAAAGUGUUGAACUUCAUAACUUCUGUAUGUGUUCUUAGAACAAUCCGUCGAUCUCGCCGUCCUCGUUGACCUCCACGUUCAUGAAACCGCAGUGCGUGGGCAAGCCGGGGAUGGUCUGGAUCUCGGCGGCCAACGCG